AUGUGGGCUGGAGAACAAGAACCAGGCUUAAUAUACAAACAGGAAGCUCUUCGGGCACUCAAUAAACAGAUAAAUACUUCCUGGAUCAAAGAGGGAACAGAACAGUGGAUUGUGUGGAUCCCCAGUGCAGGACAGCCAGGGAUGUACCCUCCUGGGGCUCCUAUGCCACCUUCAACUUCUGGGUGCCCUGGGGUUACCAACCCCAUUCACCCACCAUCAACCAAUCCUGCUUACCCUCUAGGUACCUUUCCUACUCCACCUGGCUGUUUCCCAGGGAAUCCAGCUUAUCCUCCUGGUAAUGCUUUUGAUCCUGGGCAGCAGCCAGGGUACCCGGGCUGCCCACCCCCAGGUCCCUACCCACCUCCUUGCCCUGGUAUGCCUUCUGUGAAUCCCUUGGCCCCAGGGGUAGUGGGGUCAGGUAUAGUGAUGGAUAAGAAGAUGAAGAAAAAAAUGAAGAAGGCUCAUAAGAAAAUGCAUAAACAUCACAAACAUAGCAAACAUUCUUCCUCCUCCUCCUCUUCCAGCAUUGACUCUGACUGAAUCCUGGGCCCUCCUCCCCCCAAGUCACACUACCCCAGCUCUCUCAUCAAGCUUUGGAUGCCAUAUUGUGCUGGGGGAAGAUAGCCCUGCAGUC